AUGAGUCAUAAUGACUCGCGGGGGAAGGAGCGAUGGGUCAACCAAUCAGCAAAGGCUGACUGUGGAUUCCUUUUCCCACGGACCACCCCUGCGCCCUCGCCAUUCAUUUAUAUCGCCUCGCCCCCGUCUCCAUUUCCUUCCUCAGGAUCCAACCUCUCCAGUCAACUCUGCAAAGAGUUCACUUCCCCCUAUUCCUCCAUAUUGAGCGUCACGGCGCCGCGGCGAUCGUCCCAUCGACCUUCUGGUUCCAGCCCGCUCAACAGUGGCCCGCAGGAACGCCAUCAAGGGCCUGCUGAUUAUUCGCAAUGGGCGGAUCUUCAAUAUGACUUUCUAGCACCGCCGUUGGAAGCCUUUCCAACGCCAGUGCCAGUAUGUCAAUCCUUCGAUACCCUCACCCAGUCGGCGCUCUGGACAGAACCCGAUCUGUCCUUUGAAACCGACUGGAAUUUCUUAUCUGCCAAUUCUUCUACACCGUACCCUGCCGCUUUUGACGACGUCCCUGUGAUGGACGUUGGGUACGGCACCUCCGUUCUCAACUCUGUUUCGAAUUCUCUUUCGGAAUCUGGAUCCAUCGAGCACCAUAAUUCUAUAUCCGCUUCUCUUGCUGCUAGCUCAGCCAAUUCAGAUGGCCACUCGCAGCCUUCCCCUGUGUCACAAUUCCCUGCUCCUGUCUCGACUUCUCUGUCAAGUCCCGCUACUUCUCAAGACGAUGUUUUGAGUCGUGUUGAUUCAUCGCGUGUCGAGAAGCGUAAGCUUAAUACGCUUGCGGCGCGGAGAUGUCGGCAAAGACGUGUUGAUCGGAUGAAGGAGCUUGAGGCUGAAUUGGAAAAGGUCCGAAAGGAAAGAGAUGAUUGGAGGCUGAAAUGCUCAAAGCUUGAGGGUGAAACUGAUGCUUUGAAAGGUCUCCUCACUCGGAAGAGCAAGGAUAUGUAA